GGCGCUCCUGCCGUUUAAUGACAGCCUUAUGACAAAAUGGUAUCCCCUAAUGGCGGCGUGCGCAGAAAAGAUACGCGUGAGAGUUAGCCUGCUGAUUGUUUUUGUAUAUGCUGUGGUUCAUUGGUAUACCCAAACAGGUAUCCCCUCCGCAGCAGCCGCACUAGGCUUCAAGUUCGUCCUUAUGUGUUAGCAUUCCAGUUUUUGGUUAUAUAUAGUUCAUUGGGUAUACCAACCAAAGCUUGCCGAAAUCGCCUAAGAAUAAGGCCUCUAAUGUACUUUGUCUUUUUUCAAUCGCAUUAAAUAAAGAAAGAUAAAAAAACAAACAGCUGGUGAUCGGGUUGAAUGGAUCAGUUUUUUCUUAAAAAAACUCAUUAAAGUACUAAUGAAGGCAUCCUGAUUGGUCAAAAAAGCCACAUAGAUCUCAGAGUCAGAGGAUGACGAUUCGGUUUAGUUUUCCAAUUAUUUUUCUUCGUCUAGCGUCUUAGUGCUUGUCUAGUGAGUUUUAUUUCUUUUUUAAAUCGAUGAUAAACAAAUAGAAAAGACAGUUUCCCAUCAGGAUUCCAAGAAGAAAAACUAUACAAUAAGGAAGUCAUCGAAUGAAUCAAUUUUAAUUCAAAAGUUUAAACUUGCAGGAAGAGGAAGUUAAAAGUCCUUACAAAUGCUCAACAUGGCUAAACUAUGAUCAGAACCAACAUGAACAAGAAAUAUCCUCCUCCCCUGAUGCGUAUAGUGCUCUAUGGUGCCUCUGUUGCUGCUGUUGCUAAGGACAGAGUUUGACAAAAACGUCAUUAGUGCGCAACUGUCGCAUUUUCCCUUUUCAAAAGUUUGAUCGAUUCCCUACCUGAAUGUUUCUAUCAGUUUGGAAAAAUGGAGAACUUAGCAAAGCCCCAAAUAAUUUGCCACAAUCAAAAAUCCUUAGAUUACGCUAUUCACGACGUCAAAUGGAUUCCUUGCUCCGCAAAAUUUGUAGCUAUAGGAGGCAAAUCUAACGGUGCAGGUAUUGUGGAAACUUAUCAGCUAUCUGCAGAUGGCAUAGAAAAACUAGACGAAUUUUGCAAAAAGGAUCACUUCAAAUGUUGCACUUUUGAAGCGUCGAGUUUGAGGAACAGGCAUUUGGCGACUGGAGAUUUUUCGGGACGAUUACAACUCUGGGACCUAGAAGACACUCUGACACCAGUUUACAAAACCACAGUGCACACUGCUGUAAUCAAUUCAAUAGAUGGAGUGGCAGGCCAAAGCGCUAACUGUGGAGCUCCAGAAAUUGUUACUGGUUCCCGCGACGGUUGUGUAAUGGUAUGGGAUGUGCGCCAAAAAGACAUUCCAGUGGCAAAAUUCACUCCUUUAGAAGGCCAAGCAGGCAGAGACUGUUGGUGCGUGGCUUUUGGAAAUUCCUACAACGACACUGAAAGGAUAGUAGCUGCAGGAUAUGAUAAUGGAGACGUUAAAUUGUUUGACUUGAAAACUAUGAGCGUACGAUGGACGAAAUGCCUUAAAAAUGGGAUUGUCGAUUUGCAAUUUGAUCGCAAAGAUAUACCGAUGAACAAACUGGUGGCCACCACGUUGGAAUCUAAAUUUUUCUGUUUCGAUGUACGCACUCAACAUCCAAAAAAAGGCUUUGCGCAUUUAAUAGAAAAUGCGCAUGCAUCUACAAUUUGGCAAGUAAAGCAUCUGCCGCAAAAUCGAGAAAUCUUUAUGACUACCGGAGGCGGUGGAUCUUUGUGUUUAUGGAAAUAUACAUAUCCACCAAAAAGAGUAGAGAAAGACUCUGAAGGUAUCCAAUAUGGAAUAAUGGGUGAAUUACACCAAAUACAAAACAGUGGACUUUCUGAUCAACCGAUAACGGCUUUUGAUUGGUGCGUGGAUAAAUUGGGCCUUGCAGUGUGUUCAGCUUACGAUCAGACUUUAAGAGUUCUGAUAACGACCAAACUGAAUUUAUGCUAAUUACCUACUACUUGAGUCUUCAAGCUGUGGACAUAAAAAAUAAAACAGUUUUUUUUGUUUUUCUUGUGAUUGUAAUCCUUGUACAUUGUACCUACUUCACCAUUAAAAUCUUAUCAGCUAGGUAAUUAAAAAAAGUUUUGAACUAUAAUAAGCGAGUGUUGCGCUUUAUUUUAUAUCACGAUAAAUUCCAAAGGGCAGACAAAUAUUAAAUAUUUUUUACCUCUAAUAUACAGGGUGUUUGGUGCAUCGUUUGCCAAAUUUAACUGCCCGAAAGAAGGGCCAUUUGCUAACUCUUCACCCAUAAUAACUCAUCCUUAACCCCUAGGGUUUUUUUCAGUUAGAUUUUUUAAAUUUUUUUUUUAAAUCUAAAAAUUCGUCAUUUAGACUUAAAUAAAAAAUAAAAAUAAAAUUUGGAGACUAGGCCAACAACUUUUUUUUAAAUUUAAGUUUAAAUCGCGAAUUUUGAGAUUUAAAAAUCAAAAUAAGAAAAAAAACCCGUGAGGUCAAGGAUGAGUUUUUAUGGCUGAAGAGUUAGCAAAUGGCCCCCUCUUUCGGGCAGUUAAAUUUGGCAAGCGAUGCACCAUACACCCUGUAUAAAGAUUUUACUAUUUAUCAAAGUAAUUAUAAGUGAGAAAGAGAUUACUCUAAAAUAUAAAAUAUCUAAAAUUACAUAUCAAAACAACCUUUGUACAUAACUACUGUUAAAAUACAGAAUACACCGAAUCUCGCAAUUCUUGUCGAGUAUCAAAAUAUCAAACUACGGAAGUUCUUUGAAAGAACUAUCACUACAGAUGCUGUAAAAGUCACCAUCGGCACCACUUUUGACGCUAUAAAAACUCUGUGCGCUUCUCAGGCUGCUGAAUGAUGAACCGGAUGUUGAACGCACACGUUGAACAGGAUGAUGUGCUGGAACGAUAGUGUUUGGAGUUUGGUGGCUGGAAUUUGGAGGGUUGCCUUGUUUGUUGGUUAGAUCUAGAAUAUUAAGCAAAAAAAAAAAUAGAAAUAAUGUAUGCAUAUAAAAGUCCA